GUGUGAUUGGACACCUUGACACUGAAUCGAUCGGGUUUGUUUACCUCGUGCAAAAUGCAAAACUAAUCUGGAAGAAAAGCUCUAGUGUCAAGUGAACUAUCGUGUUAGUGCGAAUAUUGUGAUUUGUUAGUUUAAUUUAAUUCGCUCGAUUACUGGAGACAUUGAAUGUCAGUGGCUAGAAAGUGCUCGGUCAGUAGGUUGAUUGUGGGGUGGGCCAUUCGUGGGAGUAUUAUAGCCAGCUGAGAAUAAGCACAAAAUCCACCAGCAUCUCGAAUAAAGGUAAUUAUGGAACAGUACAUCAUACACUAAUCAUACCAACCAAAGACAACAUUUUACCGGCUCAUAAUAAGCAGCGCAAUGUUCACAACGAUAAGCAUCAUCAUUGUUGCUUUAUCACCGAACUGGAAAAUAUUACUGUAACUAUAAUGCCGCUAAUUUGUACAGAGAAGAUAACAAUCAUACACGAACAACCCUCUGAACAUUAUCAUCUACCUCUAUGUUCUCCACAACAUCGUAAACUCCCACAUGUUGUCAUAAGUCAGUGCUGCGCCUGAAAACACGUUACGAGUUCAAAAACGCUUCCCUGUAUUUUCGCUUAUCUGAAACACGGAACUCACUCUCGCGGAGUGCCAUCAACAAACAAACAAACUGCCGAACAGCAGGCUACUAACCAGCGAGAGCGAUAAAGAGCUCAUCACUCUCCUCGAUCAUUAGCCCACCCACAUGAGGGAGAGACAGACACACGGGUCAGUCACACAACAGCAUUGGAAGGAAAAAUUUUCCUCAGUCGCACUCAGCACUCGGGACGGAUACCAAGCAACGAUUGAUAACAGAACAUAAGCGACCGUGUCACCCCCGCAAUGGGCUGCUGAAAUAUAUUCUCUUUGUGCAUUUAGGUGAAGUUACAAGUGUUUUGUGUCCGCUAACGGGGAGGAUUAGGGAUAACCAAGAAAAAAAGAUUGAAAUGUGGAAGAAAAAUCAGUAACUUCAUCGGUCGACGCUAGAAAAAAAUAGUAGUUGCAGCUACAAGUGAUUAGAUUAGAAUUGGCUUUUUUUUCGAAACCUGUGAAGUAGUGAUGAAGAGCGGAGAAGAUUAAUCAAACCUAUAUGUAAAUGCAAUUAGUGUAGAAGCAGCCUUGAAGAAUCUUGGCAUUUCUGCGUCGCCUUGACAAUCCCAGGCUGCCCUAACCUAACCAUGCGAAUGAAUAGGCCUUUAAUUAGAUUUGAAUAAUGUGCAAAGGAGAAGGAUGAAAAUUUCUCGCCUCAUUGUGUUUGCGUUACAUUCGCCAAUUAAGGCUUCUUACUGGUCGCUCGCUCGCUCGUUCACCUAACAGGGUGCGAUUAGGAUUGUGCUAAAUUGUUCACGCGCGUUGUGUCGUCGGAAUCCAUCGUAAAACAAAUAAGUGUCUCCAGGAAAAUAUCAUGGUCAUUGCGUGACCGCUAGCCAUUUGACAAAUUCUCAGUGGCACCCAGUGUGUUUAGUGUUGAAGUAACGAGAUUACAUAAAACAUUUACUGGCCGGAGUUGAAACAGCAGGUCGCAGCACGAUUUAAUCGCCGGAAAUGGGACGAAUGUAGCGGCAAAAAAGUUGAAGCUAUCAGUUGUAUCAGUCAGGCAGGCUUCGAACGUAAAAGAUGCCAGUGCUUCACCGAAACAUCCAGAACAAGUAACGUUAGUCUAGCAACAGCAGCAGCAACUCAACCGUAACCGAGCCGACCCGUGCAGUAAUACCCAGCUGUGUCCUGGAAGCGGGCUGUAUGCGCAAAAAGCACCAUGUCAUUCCAACAACUAUUGCCCAGGGAGCAGUUAUGUCGUGGCUACUUAGCACCACCGAGAAGAACCCAUUAGCAAAACCGCGGUUAUUUUGAUGAUAAAAACGGACAACUUGUGCAUCCGGCGUACGCAACUGAGAGACAAAAGAGUACUAAAAGCUGCACUGUCAGUGCAGGUUAAAAACCCAACGGGACCGUUUCCGGUUUAACCUGCCCCCCUCCCUCCGUCAAGAGAUUUUGUGACAUCCAUUUUUUGCACCACCGAAGCUGCCAUGUUGAUAAAGGAGUAUCGGAUACCGCUCCCGCUAACGGUGGAAGAGUAUCGGAUAGCGCAACUGUACAUGAUAGCGAAAAAAUCCCGCGAAGAAAGCAAAGGAGCCGGAAGCGGGGUGGAAAUCAUUGUUAACGAACCGUACCAGGACGGUCCAGGCGGCGGAAAUGGGCAGUAUACGCGAAAGAUUUAUCACGUGGGCAGUCACUUGCCCGGUUGGAUCAAGGGUUUACUGCCGAAAAGCGCUCUCACCGUGGAGGAAGAGGCAUGGAAUGCCUACCCGUACACCAAGACACGCUACACGUGUCCAUUUGUAGAAAAGUUUUCGCUGGAAAUCGAAACGUAUUACUUUGCUGAUAAUGGGCACCAGGAAAACGUAUUUAAGCUCAGUGGGGGCGAUUUGCGGAAUCGGCAAGUGGACACGAUUGAUAUCGUGAAGGAUCAGCUGCUGGGAGCGGAUUAUACUCGUGAGGAAGAUCCGACUUUGUACGUGUCGGAAAGAACCGGCCGUGGUCCACUGGGAGAGAACUGGCUGGACGAACACUGGGAGGAAGUGAAGGGGAAGAGUCAACCGACGGCUCGCAACAUGUCGCUGAUGUGUGCUUACAAAUUAUGUCGUGUCGAGUUCCGGUAUUGGGGCAUGCAAACCAAGUUGGAAAAGUUUAUCCAUGAUGUUGCUCUGCGGAAAACUAUGGUGCGGGCACAUCGACAGGCUUGGGCUUGGCAGGAUGAAUGGUAUGGAUUGACCAUGGACGAUAUCCGAGAGAUUGAACGGCAGACGCAGCUUGCGCUGCAAAAGAAAAUGGGUAACGAUGACGAUGAUGAAGAUGAUGAUCGCAGCAAUUCGGAAAACAACAGUCGACAGUCGAACAAGUUUAAUUCGAUCGAAAAAACCGACGAAAACUCAACGCCCCAAGUGAUGAAGAAACCAACUAUAGAUCCUCCUUCACCGCAACAGCACAGACAACAAGCGCUGCUGCAGCCACCGUCCAAAGGAAAGAAACAACCGAUGGGUGAUAGUUCCGAUGAGGAUGACGACGUGGAGGGUGAUAGGAGAGAAAACGAUGAAACAAAGUACCACGGACAACUGAUCAACAAUCAUCUGUCAGGUGUUACCAAACAGCAGCACUUUGCCGGAUCGAAAGGACACUUGCAUUCGCCUCUUGGGUCCACUCAUAGUUUCGAUAUACAGCUGACAAAUCACAAACCAUUACCAAAGAAUGUCGCAAACUGGCGUAUGGAAAAACUAGAGGUAGAUUCCAAAUCCGGCUCCGAGGAAGAAUUCUUCGAUUGCGUAGGUGACAUUGUCGAACAAACGUCGCUUGCCAAGUGGAGCUCACUGGAACUGCUCGCCGAAGAGGAAGACAGUCCCCCGACGACAGGCGAUCGGAAUGAGGAAGAUUCUAUCUUCAGUCACAGUUACCUGCAGCGGGUAGCCUCCGAACGGGGCAGUCGGCGUCCAACGCUCGGAACAUCUUCCAGCAUCGAUCGUGGCAACGGAGAUUCACCGCCUGGAUCACCUGGAUUACCGUCCUGUCCGACAACGGUUCUGAUACUGGUGCUGCACGCAGGAAGUGUUUUGGAUGCUAAUUCGGAUAUGACAGCGAAAAAAUCCGACGUGACAACGUUUCGCGGAGCUUUCGAGUCCGUUAUGCGGCAGCAUUAUCCCUCACUGGUUGGACACGUGGCACUUCGGUUGGUUCCGUGUCCAUCUGUGUGCACCGAUGCGCUAGGAAUACUCUCCAGUCUGAGUCCCUACUCGUUUGAUGCAUCCCCCGCAUCAACGGCCGACAUUCCUAAUCUAACGGAUGUUCCGAUAGGAGCUAUUCCCCUGCUUACGACAUGUUCGCCGGAAUUUCAAGAUGCGGUGAACCGUUCGAUAGCUAGCGCCAAUAUGGUAUACGCGGAGUUUUUGCGAAGCGAUGAAGGAAAAGGCUUCAAUGGACAAGUGGCAUUGAUCGGAGAUUCGAUGGGAAGUGUGUUAGGACACGAUGCGCUCUGUCGGACUCACGUACGGCACGGAAGCGAAGCUUCCGGAUUAGAUCACCUAGUGGACUUUGUGGAAGUGAACGACCUAGAUGCGAGCAAACUGCUGACGGCGCCAUCGCCACGACGAAGGUCUUCCUCAACCUGUGAAGCUCGAGUGCAAAGGUUCGAUUUCGAAGUGGGAGACUUUUUCAUGUUUGGCAGCCCCUUGGCUAUUAUCCUAGCCGCUCGAAGACUCAGCGAUAGUCGCUACGGUACGCACAAACCUUCCUGCACUCAAAUGUACAAUCUAUUCCAUCCCACUGAUCCAAUGGCUUCCCGGUUGGAACCGCUGCUAAGUGCGCGUUUCUCAAUGCUCCUUCCGGUGAAUGUACCUCGCUACGCGAAAUACCCGCUGGGGAACGGACAACCAUACCACCUACUCGAACUGAUACAAUCUAGCCCGCAGAUAUUCAGCAAUGGUCCACCCGCUCGGCGACUUUCCGACGUUUCGAUCCAAAGUGCCGCCUCCGGUAUGAUCGAUAAUGUUCCCCUAACGACCAUCAAUCAACUCCAGCAGCGCUGGUGGGGAUCAAAACGACUAGACUACGCUCUCUACUGUCCUGAUGGACUUAGCAAUUUCCCUUCACACGCCCUCCCCCAUCUGUUCCACGCUAGCUACUGGGAAUCUAGCGACGUGAUCGCUUUCAUCCUACGCCAAAUCGGACGAUUUGAUAAUCUGACCCUCGUUGGGUCGGAAGACAAAGACAUGUCUUCCUUCCGGCCGGCUCAACCACGUGAAAAGUGGAACAAAAAACGAACCUCAGUCAAGCUAAAAAAUGUUACCGCCAAUCACCGAGCUAAUGACGUUAUAGUGAAAGAAAACGAGGCUCAAAAGUUGGUGGCUCGCUUCAUGUACGGCCCACUGGAUAUGAUUACGCUGGCCGGGGAAAAAGUUGAUAUCCACGUGAUGAACGACCCACCGGGUGGCGAGUGGCAACUGCUGUCAACGGAAAUCACCGAUAAAACCGGACGUAUCACCUACACCUUACCCGAGGAACGAAGUCUUGGCUACGGUAUCUAUCCGGUGAAAAUGGUUGUGCGAGGUGAUCACACCUCGGUCGAUUUUUAUAUGGCCGUAGUUCCUCCGCGAACCGAAUGCGUUGUGUUUAGCAUAGAUGGAUCAUUUACCGCGUCCGUAUCGGUGACCGGGAAGGAUCCGAAAGUACGAGCAGGAGCGGUGGACGUGUGUCGACACUGGCAAGAGCUGGGUUAUCUGCUGAUUUACAUCACCGGCCGGCCGGAUAUGCAGCAACAGAGGGUACUGUCAUGGUUGAGCCAGCAUAACUUCCCGCACGGACUGGUGUCGUUUGCUGAUGGUUUGUCUACUGAUCCGCUGGGUCACAAAGCCGCCUAUCUGAACACGUUGAUUCAGAGCCACGGCCUGGUUGUGCAUCAAGCUUACGGCAGCAGUAAGGACAUCAGCGUGUACACCAGUAUUGGACUGAAACCAAAGCAGAUCUUCAUCGUUGGCAAGGUAAGCAAAAAACUGCAAUCGCUGGCCACCCCGCUCACCGAAGGCUACGCUUCCCAUCUGAGUUCCCUGAUAGCUCCAGGUGGAUCCCGACCGGCUCAGGGAAAUGCUCGUAUGGUGAUACCACGCGGUUGCUUCAACCUACCCGGUCAGCAUCAGUCCAUCCGCAGGCGAAGACUGCAGGCUGCUACUGCUGCUGAUGCUGCUGCUGGCGUUGCUGAGCGGGGAUUGGUGAUACUGGACACAUCGGGAGCACUUUGUGGCAACUAACAAAUUCACUCCUCUGUUGGCUGCUGGAAUGCUAUCUGUCACUCCAUUAAAACACAUUUUCAUAUGGAAGGAUAUUUGCGUGCUUGUCGAAUGGACAGUGGUUGGAUUCUGUCACUUGGUACCUGGCUCAAAGAAGACUGUCUCUUACCUGUUGUAAGAACGAAGAACGUUCGGAAGUAAAUGUUACAAAAUCAAUCUACAAAGCAAACAUAACUAAGAGGAAAAGUAAUCUCGUUGAAAAUGCAACCACCACUACUAAUGCAAAACUUGUUGACUUGUUGUGUGUGUGUACCCUCUGUACCUAUAGGAAGUAAGCUGUUUGAAGAAGCGAUCCCAUGAAAAAAAGAAGCAAAGAUGAAGAAAACCGAUUGACGGUAAGUGAAAAUCUUGUAUCAAAUAUCGUUCUCGUAAGCUAGGGCAAUGUGUAUUUAUUUUUUGAAGUGCAGAGAACAAUAGAAUCUGACUCAGUUCGUGAAGAGUAACUGUACGCUCACUAAACGGUAGCGAGAAAUUGAACUACACAUUGAUGAUAAUGCGUCAAGAAAUUGAUAUACAUACCUACUGUGCAACAGUUGUGAAAAGCUUAAAAAUCUUCAACCAUUUCGAAACUAGUAAAUGUUGGUGUUCGGUAGUAAAAUAAAAGGAAACAUAAUAACACACAGUGUUAAGAUCAAUGCAAGUCUAGGAAAGAACAGAGAGAAGAUAUUCUAAAUAUUUGUUAUUAUUUAUACACUAGAAUAAUGAAAGCUACAAACACAGAAACUAUAAUGAAUUUAAAGAUAAAGAAUCUGAAAACAACUUUUCUCAGAUCGCAAGUUUAAUAGUUUAAUCUGAAUGUCACACAGGUGUUAAGAGAUUUUAGUUCAAACUUUAGGUGAUAUUAGUUUGAAUACUCACAGGGUUAGGUUUGGAACAAAUCGAAUUUAUUGUUAUGUGGUUAUUUAUUUAUUUUUUCGGUAGCAAGGUGUAGAAUUUGAUUUAAGACGUUAAGUACCUAUAUUUCCUGAUUUUCGAAAUAAUUAGAAAUAUCAUUUGACACACAACAGGCCCAAAACAGGAUUAUUUCCGUAUCUUUUGAUGGAUCAUUAUGGUGUUUCUAUUACCGGGAAUAAGAUGGAGAUUACUUAUCUCCCUUACUCUUUGGGAUAGAAUGUUUGUACCUUCGGAGAAGUUAGUUGAUUCAGUUUAUUAUUACCAGUGGUUGUUAUUAGCCUGUGUUCAGCUAUAGAUACAGUAGACCGGAACUGAUGUAGAAAUUUAUCUGAAUUGUUCAUCUCAUCCUUGAUGGACAUUAUAAAACAUCUCGAAUGUUAAAUUUACUGUCAUGCUAAAAGCCUUUGAUUGGAAAAUAAACUAGAUUAGUUCCCUUAUCGAGUAAUAUAAAACUCAUUCUUGCAAUAGACUGGAAUUCAUUUUAUUUAAAAACAGCUAUGAACUUGCCGACUACAUGGACAACACCGGAUUUUUGUUCGCGAAAUCAAAAUCAUUUAUCCCUUUGGAAUCCCGACCCCAUCAAAAUUUCCGAACCAGCAAAGCUUAAACUAACCGAGUAAACUAUGCCGAACGGACAAUCCUCUUCGCGCAGGCACGAAUCGUGAAAGCAUGACAUUAGAAAUUUUCAAAGUAAAAAAAUUAGCGCCGUCAAAGUGGCAAAUAAACAAAAUUUGAUGUCGUUACGCAUACUCAAGGAAUCAAAAACAAACAAAAAACGAAGCUAAACUCAUUUCUUGCUACAAGAAUGUUUAAAUGAAAUAUCGCGAAAGCGUUCCUCAAAGGAAGCGCAAAAACUGGACUUAAAAUCUUAAAAAAAAUGAUCAUCACCAAGAUGAUUUGCAGAGAGAAAGAUGCAAAUCAGAAAACCAGUCAGGCUGUUAUACCAAAUUUAUGACACACACAUACAAAUCAUUAACACUAAAAUAAAUUUAAAGAAAAAGCAUUCAGAUGGUUCCAUGAUGACCGACAAAAAACAAUGCAACAAUCGAACAAAAAAGAAAACAAAGCUAAUUUGAAGAAAAAGGCGAUUAUAUUUGGUACUAUAUUGGAACUGAAUGGCUGUUCUACACUUUAUUUUUGGAUAAGAUUCUGGAAACUACAUUAGAUUAUAUUAUUAUUAAUAACAAUACUGAAAGGAAGCAACAACAAACUGUAUGAAUAUAAUUGUUAUAAAAAUGUGUGCAAUAAAGCAAAAUAUCGUGACAGCUA